AUGCCCACCUACGCGGUCCUCGGGGCCACUGGGACGACCGGCUCGGAGAUCACCCGCCUUCUCCUUCCGCGGCCAGACGUUCACAUCAAAGUCUAUGCUCGGUCCCGAGAAAAGCUCCUCAAUGCGGUACCGGAGCUCGAAGCAGCCAAAAAUGCGCAAACGUUCAUCGGUCUAUUAUCUGACGUGGCCAACAUGACGGCGUGCCUGCGAGACGCAAACGUCAUCUUCAUGGCCGUCGGGACAAACAGCAACAAGCCCGGUACGCGUGUAACGCAAGACACCAGCGAGACCCUCGCCGCCAGCCUGAAAGCCCUUCGUUUGGAGAAGGCCGCGACGGGCUACAGGCCACCUACGCUCGUGUUCCUCGCGUCCGCCAUGACCGCAUCGUGGACCCGCGAGCACCAGCCUUGGCUUGCCAACAGAUUCGUGUACAAUGCCGGCUACUUCAUCUACUCGGAUCACGUGGCGUCAUUCGCGUAUCUCGACAAGGAGGUUCCAUGGCUGCCGCUGAUCAAGGCUAGUCCGGGGGCACUUGUCGAGGACGUCGCGUCGGGGUUUCGACUGGAGCCGCACGGGCGGUCGUCGGAGACGUGCUCGUACAAAGAUCUCGCGACGGCAAUGAUCCUCAUGGUGGAGGAUGGCGAGAGAGACUGGGUGGGAAUGGACCCUGGGGUGUUUAGUCUGGGAAAGCCGCGGCGGGACCUGCUGGUGCUUGACAAGCUGCCCUUUCAUCUCAUCCCAGGAAACAUUGUCACAUGGCUCCCAUGGGCGUAUCCACUGCUUCGCAAGAUUAGGCUCAUCCAAUAA